UAAAAUGGAGCAUGGGGCAUCAAAGUAAACAAGCCUUUUGUAUGACCCGCUGUGUCGUCCCUGUCUGUGCGGGUUAGCUUAGUAUUAGGGGAUGCCAUUUGAGGAACAACUGGUUGGUUACUGGGCCAGAGUUGGCAAGGGUUUUCUUUUUUAGGGGUCUACUAUUGACAGAGUUCGCUCCAGUCAUGAUGAGCUACGAUUUGUUGGUGCAUAUGUCCGUCUCCUGAUGAAUGAUGCAGUCAUCAACAAAACAGCUGAACCUUUGGCCCUCCGCUGGCAGACGGGAAACGGGAGGAAUGCUUAUCACAAGACAUGGUCUCAAGUUAUAAUUGUCAUGGCUGACCGUUUGUGGCUUGUAAUAAGCUAGAUGAGUUGGACAGAGCCCCGAGCCACCACCACCGGCCCCGGGUCUUUUAUUAAAAUUGUGGCAUUCGAUCUCAUCAUGAUUGUAAAAUUCAAUUAGUUGCCCGCAAGCGCAGUUUCAGAAACCGUCAACACCCAUAUAUAAGUACAUAGAGUACGUAUGAGGAAAUACGUCAACUUUAAUUGACACUUGAAUGCACUCCUGAGUGGUUUUUAAUGCGAAGAAAUGCCACUCAUCACACACUUUCAGCUGAAGUGCCGAAUUGCUUCAAAUGAUUCAGGAGGGCUAAUAUGUAAUAUUUCGCUUUAUGACUGAAUGAGUUUGAUCUAAUGGUUGAGGUCAUCAUAGCAGAUCGCUUACAGGACUAACAUCAUCUCCCAAGUCUUGUUUAUUACUAAUGACACUUGAACAUCUCAGUCCCACCAAAGACUGCCAAGAGCCAGACGAGGUGAGGCGAAAACAGAGGCAGAAAAAGAACAGAGAUAGAUCCAGGGGGGGAGAUGUUGGAGCUUUCCGGCAGUGCCGUGUGGCUAUGGGCAGGGAAAAACCUCGUAUGGCGUCCAUAUUUAUGCCGUGGCCGUGAGACAGCAUCCAAACAUAGAAAUUGUUCAAGGCCAAAGGGGGUCCUUGCGCUAUGCCCGAGCUGCAUUAGUGGUAUCAGUGGUCUACCGUACUGACAAUCCCACCUUUUUACCGUGGAGAGAGUAGAGAGCACUCUCCCUGUCGUGUACGAGGAGGAGAGGAGACUUGCAUGUGGCCAGUCCAGUCCAGUCCAGUCCAUUUCAGUCCAGUCCCAAGAAAACAAUCCCUUUUCCCAGCCAAGCCCAUGUUGUUUUUGUUGGUGUCCAUACCUUUCCUUUACCUUGGCAAGUAGAGUUACCAGUCCAAGUCCAAUCGUUCUGGUGAAGGCUUCUGUUUCCGGGGCCUGGCUCUUCUUCCCUUCUUUAAAUCUUUAUUAUUGUUUUUAUCCGACACUCGUUUCGUCUACUAGCAUUCUCAACCUUCGCUGAGUGCCUGUUUGACUGUUGAACAACCAACCUAGACGAUAAUACGAUCGAAACUAACGACGACCAUAACAACUUCCUAAUAACCCAAUUCGCAACAACAGCCUUUCUGCUGAAACCCAGAUCUACCGAGUCGUUACAACCUUCGAGAGCCACUUGCUGGCUGCUUGUCCAUCAUGGCCAUGAGCCUCCCACAGCUCGGCGGCGCAGGAGGCCCUCACACUCAACCCUCUUUGCCAUCGCUGCCUGCACAUCUUCAAUCCGACACGCAUCUCACUGCUCAUCUCGCCAGUCGCUUCCAUGUCUCGCAUCCUACCGCUCGGCUGUCUUCUCACGCCCUCAUCUCUCUCAACACCUAUACCAACUCCUCAAAGGGUCCCGAUGGUGGCAAGGAAGGUAGCGCCAUGGCUGGCGCCGAGGAAAUCGCUGACAGAGCCUUUCUGCGAUUAGGACAUAGAUCCGAGAACCAAGCUGUUGUCUUUUUGGGUGAAUCUGGCGCUGGAAAGUCUACUAUUCGAGCCCACCUCCUGACUGCUCUUCUCAACAAAUCGUCAACGCCUCUGUCCACAAAGCUCUCUCUCGCCGCAUAUGUCUUUGAUAGUCUCACAACUACCAAGACUGCUACAACACCCACUGCUUCCAAGUCCGGGCUCUUCUACGAGUUGCAGUACGAUACUUCAGCCACCACAAACCCUGUUCUGAUUGGUGGUAAGCUCUUAGAUCAUCGCCUGGAGCGUAGCCGUAUCGCCGAUGUUCCUACAGGAGAGCGCAACUUCCACGUUCUGUACUAUCUUCUUGCCGGAACAAGCGAGGCUGAAAAGUCUCAUCUCGGCUUGGACGGUGGUUCUGUCACUGGAACCACUCAAAAACGAUGGAAGUAUCUCGGCCAUCCCACUCAGCUCAAGGUCGGAAUCAACGACGCCGAGGGUUUCCAAGUUUUCAAGAAUGCUCUGCGAAAGCUGGAAUUUCCUCGCGCUGAAAUUGCCGAGAUUUGCCAAAUUCUCGCCAGUAUUCUUCACAUCGGUCAACUAGAGUUUGAGACAACUAGCCAGACCAGCGUAACUGGCGAUGAUAGUGGUGGCUUCUCCCACGAGGGUGGUACAACCAUCACCGCUGUCAAGAACAAGGAUGUUCUCAGCAUCAUCGCUGCUUUCCUUGGUGUCAGCGCCGCUGACCUCCAGACCACCCUGGGAUAUAAGACCAAGAUGAUUCACCGAGAACGUGUCACUGUUAUGCUCGACCCCAACGGUGCCCGUGCCCACGCUGGAGAGCUUGCCCGAACACUCUACUCCCUUCUCGUUGCUUGGAUUCUCGAGACCAUCAACCAGCGACUUUGUGCACCCGAGGAGUCUAUUGCCAACACUGUCUCGAUCGUCGAUUUCCCUGGGUUCUGUCAGCAAACUCCCACUGGCUCUGCGCUCGACCAACUUCUCAAUAAUGCCGCUACCGAAUGCAUUUACAACCUUACUCUCCAGAACUUCUUCGACCGCAAGGCUGACAUGCUGGAGUCUGAGGAAGUCAGUGUUGCUGCGACCAGCUAUUUCGACAAUUCGGACGCUGUUCGAGGCAUCCUGAAGCCCGGCAAUGGCCUUCUCAGCAUUCUCGAUGAUCAAACUCGACGAAACCGAACAGAUAUGCAGUUCCUUGAGGCUCUCCGAAGACGUUUCGAUGGCAAGAACGCUGCUAUCGAGGUUGGCUCUGCUCAAGCUAAGCUUCCUGGAAGCAACUUCAUGACUGAGAAUACCUCUGCCGUCUUCACCGUGAAGCACUUUGCUGGUGAGGUGGAUUACCCUGUCAAGGGACUCAUCGAGGAGAACGGCGAGAUCAUCUCUGGUGAUCUCCUCAAUAUGAUCAACGGUACCAAGAGCGAGUUUGUUGCUCGUCUUUUCGGCCAAGACGCUCUCCAGACCGUGACUCACCCCAAUGAACGCACUACUGUUAUGCAGGCUACUGUCAGCUCAAAGCCUAUGCGAGCGCCUAGUGUCAUGUCUAGAAAGACGCACCGAACUGGUCGCCCCAGCACAGCUUACAAGCGCCAGCAGCAAGAGGCUAUGGAGGAGUUAGAUCAGCAGAGCCAAGCUGGAGAGUCUAAGAAGAACGCCAAGAUGACUCUCGAUCAAGGUGCUUCAGGCCAGUUCCUUGCCUCGCUGGACAAUGUCCAGAAGGCUGUCACUGACCCCGGCACCAACUCAUAUUUCGUCUUUUGCUUGAAGCCCAACGAUCGACGAAUUGCAAACCAGUUCGACAGUAAGUGCGUUCGUAUGCAGGUCCAAACUUUUGGUAUUGCAGAAAUCAGCCAGCGUCUUCGAUCUGCCGAUUUCAGUUUAUUCUUGCCUUUCGGCGAGUUUUUGGGUAUGACAGAUGCGGAGACAAUUUUGGUUGGCAGUGAACGAGAACGUGCUGAGAUGGUCAUUGAGGAGAAGCAGUGGCCCCAGAAUGAAGUCAGAGUUGGUGCCACUGGUGUUUUCCUUAGUGAACGCUGCUGGAUGGAGAUUGCCCAGCUCGGGGAGGCAGUCUCAGUUGCUGGCCGCUACGGUGGCCUGCCCUCAUCCGAUGCUGGCGAUGGUCUCACACCUGCUGAGUCUAUGGCUUUCGGCGCCUCCAAGGAGCAUUUGGUUUCCGGUGGCAAUACCCCUCUCAUGUACGGUGAGAAGGCCAAGGGUGGUUACUUCACCGACGAUACUCGAUCCGAGGCUGGUGUUUCUGCCUUUGGUGGUGGUGACAUGUUCAAGAACCUCGACACACGUGAGCAGAUGGCUGAGCGAGGCAACGAGAAGUCUCUCGAGGAGGUUGAGGAGUACCGAGAUAAGCCUAGCCGCAAGCGCUGGGUAGCUCUCGUCUUCUUCCUCACUUGGUUCAUCCCCGACUUUGCCAUCAGGCUGAUCGGACGUAUGCCUCGAAAGGAUGUUCGUAUGGCCUGGAGAGAAAAGGUGGCGAUUAACAUGCUCAUUUGGUUGAUGUGUGCCGUCGCCGCCUUCUUCAUGGUCGGAUUCCCCACGCUCAUUUGUCCCAAGCAGUAUGUUUACAGCUCCAACGAACUCUCUUCCUACGACGGCAACAAGGGCAGCAAGGGUGCCUACGUUGCUAUCCGCGGCUUCGUUAUUGACCUCAAUGCCUUCAUUCCCAACCAUUAUCCUGGUAGCAACCUUGUCAGUGAGGAUACUCUCUUGAACUAUGCCGGCAAGGAUAUCAGCGCUCUUUUCCCCAUCCAAGUGUCUGCUCUUUGCCAGGGCAAAGACGGUCAGAUUCCUCCUGAGGUCACUCUUGACAACCGAAACACCAACAUCACUGGCCAGCCACAGCUUCUUGCUUCCAGAGAUAUUGAUGUCAACUCCGUCUACCAUGAUUUCCGUUAUUACACCAACGACAGCCGACCUGAUUGGUACUUCGAGCAGAUGUACACCUUUAAGCAUGUCUACCUCAAGGGUCGCAUGGGUUACAGCCCCAAAUAUGUGAAGAAACUGGCCCGAGACAGUUCUUGGAACGUUGUCACUAUUCACGGAAAGGUUUACGACAUGACCAAGUACCUCCAGGGUGGUCUCCGCCUCAAGGCCAAGGCCGGCAAGCCUACUCCCAAUAUUCCAGGUGCCACAGACUUCAUGGAGGACAGUGUUGUCCAGCUGUUCCGAAGUGCCAAGGGUCAGGAUGUUUCCAAGUACUGGGAUAACAUCAAGCUCAGCCCUGUCAAGAAACAACGCAUGGAGACCUGCCUGAACAACCUCUUCUACAUUGGUGACUCAGAUACUCGAAACUCCGUCCGUUGUCAGUUCGCUACGUACUUCAUCUUGGCUAUUUCAGUCAUGCUGGCAUCUAUCUUGGUCUUCAAGUUCCUUGCUGCGCUCCAAUUCGGUGGCAAGAACGUGCCCGAGAACCUUGACAAGUUCGUCAUGUGUAUGAUUCCCGCUUAUACCGAAGAUGAAGACUCGUUGCGACGUGCUAUUGACUCGCUUUCUCGCAUGAAGUAUGAUGAUAAGCGCAAGCUUCUUGUCGUUGUCUGUGACGGUAUGAUUAUCGGUCAAGGUAACGACAGGCCUACGCCUCGCAUCGUGCUGGAUAUUCUUGGUGUCUCCGAGACCGUCGACCCCGAGCCUCUCAGUUUCGAGGCUCUCGGUGAGGGUAUGAAGCAGCAUAAUAUGGGUAAGAUCUACUCGGGUCUUUACGAGGUCCAAGGCCACAUCGUCCCCUUUAUGGUCAUUGUCAAGGUGGGCAAGCCUUCUGAGGUUUCUCGCCCCGGUAACCGUGGUAAACGAGACUCCCAGAUGGUUCUCAUGCGUUUCCUCAACCGCGUCCACUACAACCUCGCCAUGAGUCCCAUGGAGCUGGAGAUGUAUCACCAGAUCCGCAAUAUUAUUGGCGUGAAUCCAACCUUCUACGAAUAUCUUUUCCAAAUCGAUGCCGAUACUGUCGUCGCUCCAGACUCAGCUACUCGAAUGAUUUCAGCCUUCAUCGAUGAUACUCGCCUGAUUGCUUGCUGUGGUGAAACCGCUCUCACCAACGCCAAGGGCUCUUUCAUCACUAUGAUUCAGGUCUACGAGUACUGGAUAUCACAUAACUUGUCCAAGGCAUUCGAGAGUUUGUUCGGCUCAGUCACUUGUUUGCCUGGUUGUUUCUCCAUGUACCGAAUUCGCGCUGCGGAGACCGGCAAGCCUUUGUUCGUCAGCAAGGAGAUCGUUGAAGACUACUCCACGAUUCGUGUUGAUACUCUGCACAUGAAGAACUUGCUCCAUCUUGGUGAGGAUCGAUAUCUCACAACCUUGCUCCUCAAGUAUCACUCCAAGUAUAAGACAAAGUACCUCUUCAGCGCACAAGCCUGGACUAUUGCUCCUGACUCCUGGUCUGUCUUCUUGUCUCAGCGACGUCGUUGGAUCAACUCUACCGUACACAACUUGGCUGAGCUUAUUCCUUUGGCCCAGCUUUGCGGCUUCUGCUGUUUCAGUAUGCGUUUUGUUGUCUUCAUCGAUCUUCUGAGCACUAUCGUCCAACCUGUCAUUGUCAUGUAUAUCGUGUACCUGAUUUACCAAGUCGCUACCAACCCGUCAGUUGUGCCUAUUACAGCUUUCUUGUUGCUUGGUGCCAUCUACGGUCUACAGGCUGUCAUCUUCAUCCUCCGACGCAAGUGGGAGAUGGUUGGUUGGAUGAUCAUGUAUAUUGCUGCCAUUCCUGUCUUCUCUUUCGGUCUGCCCCUGUACUCCUUCUGGCAUAUGGAUGACUUCAACUGGGGUAACACUCGAGUUAUUGCUGGCGAAGCCGGCAAGAAGAUCGUUGUUUCAGACGAGGGCAAGUUUGAUCCCAGCUCGAUCCCUCGCAAGAAGUGGGAGGAGUACCAAGCCGAGCUAUGGGAGACACAGACCCAGACUGCUCGUGAUGAUGUGCGAUCAGAGAUCUCUGGUUACAGUUAUGCUACCAAGGCUCAGGGACCCUUCUCUGAGUACGGUGGUGGCUACCAGCCCAGCCGCCCUGGCUCAACAGCUGGCUUCGGCCACCAGAACAUGUCUCGCAUGUCUCUGGCCCAUUCUGAGAUGCCUGGCAACCGUGCGAGCCAGUUUGGUGGCUCACAAUUCUUCUCUCCCGAGGAGAUGGUUGGCAUGCCUAGUGAUGAUGCCCUCCUCGCCGAGAUUCGCGACAUCCUCAAGACAGCCGACUUGAUGACUGUCACCAAGAAGGGCAUAAAGCAAGAGCUGGAGAGGCGAUUUAAUGUUCCUCUAGACGCGAAGAGGGCCUAUAUCAACUCUGCAACUGAAGCCCUGCUUUCUGGCCAAUUGUAGACUGUUUAGACUCAGCAUGUAUCCAUUGAGACGGUCGUUAUAAUGCCCAUACAGCCUUGCGAUAAUCUUGUUUAAAUCUGUUUUGGAGUGUGUUCAUAUUUUACAACGGCGAAUUCUGGAUGGGAAAUUAAAAAAACUCAACACUUUUGUUAACGGCAGAAUAAAAAGGCUGCUCUUAUCCAUAUUAAUGCGUGGGGUAGUUAGCGAGGGAGAGUAUCUUUUGUGUCUAGGGGUAUAUAUAUUUUGUCGUCUUUAUGGUGUCCGUUCUGGUUAUUGUUUGGUAGAUGGAUGGAUCUGUACAUAUGUACGAACAAAUUUGAACAAUGAUGUUUCAGUGAUAAUAUUGACACCAUGAACUUCUCAAUCGAUGCUUGAAGUCGACUGCACAGAUCGCGAGCAUUUGAGUACCUAUAGGAGAUGUUCGUUUCCUUG